AGCCAUGGCGUCCCGCAGGGCUCCGCUGCGGCGCUUCAGCGACGAGCCGGCGUGCAGCUUGCUCCGAGGCUCCUGUGACACCAAGCCUUCAGCUGCCCCGAGGAGCUCUUCAUCCUCUGAAGCAGAUCAGCGCGUUAGGAAACAGAACAGUGAAACAAGUCUGAAUGAUGAGAAUACAACUGCCUCUGGAGCUGGAAGAAGACUUGCAUCUCUUGGAUCACUACCAGUUAGUGGGAGUCUGAAGCCUAGAAAAGAUCUUAUCCUUAUGAGGGAGAAAAAGAAACAGAAGACACUGGAGAAAGAGAUUCGUGCAUUAGUGAGAGAACGUGGAGAGCAGGAUAAAAAACUUCAGGCCCUGGAUGAAGACUUUGUUAAGAUGGAAGCUAAGCUGAGUGCUGCAGUUCAGGAGAAAACAUCUCUUCUGGCAAAUGUUGCUUGCCUGAAAAAACAGCUUCUGGAAUUAACAAGAACCAAUGAACUACUAAAAUCUAAGCUAUCUGAAGAUAGUGUGCAGAAGAAAAUGAGCAGUCUAUGUAUGGAGUUAAUGAAGCUCAGAAACAAGAGGGAUGCUAAGGAGAAGACUGCACUUGCAAAGCAGGAGAACAUGGAAAUGAAGCUGCAGGAAGUUCAAAGGAAUUUGGAGCAUUCAAAAGGAAAAGUAGCACAGUUACAAGAAAAGUUAUCUGCUACAGAGAGAGAGAAAGUGGAUGAUAAGUCUGACACUGAAAAACUCCUGGAAUAUAUCACAGAGCUUGGUAGUGUUGCAGAAACUGUAGAGAAAUAUAAACUAGAUGUUGCUCAAAUGGAGGAGACACUGAUCAAGAAAGAGCAAGACGUGAAGAUUCUGAGGGAUACACUCAGAAUGAAAGAGGAAGAAUCAAAUACACUGCUCAGAGCACUUAAUGAACGGUGUGAGUUUCUAGAACAAGAAAAAGAGAGAGAAUCGUCUGAGAGCAGAGGAAAAGUCCUGAGUAUGAAUGCUGAAAUAGAAGAACUGAAGAAAAAAGUUCUCAUAGAAGAGCAAGAACACCAAAAACUACUUGAGAAACAAGAGGAAUUAAUCUCUCAGCUUCAGCAAGAAAAGGAAUUGUCUGCAUCUAUGCACCAGAAGUUACUCAAUCUUCAGGAUGAGGUAACGAGUGAGAGAUGUCUCCUGGAAGAAGAGUUGAAGAGUGCAAUGAAUGAGCUGGACAAACUACAUGCUAAGGAGAAGAAAGCUGAGAAGCUGGUGAAGCUGUUGGAAAAAGAAACCAAAUCUAAAGCCCUUGAACUUGCACAGAUGGAAGUGAAGUUAAAAGGGAAGAAUGCUGAGUUGGAGCAAAUCAAGGAAACGCACAGCAAUACAGUUCUGCAAAUCCAAGAAGAGCUUAACAACACGCUGCGUAAACUGGGAGAGAAUGUUGCUGAGUUUGAAAGCUACAAGACAACAACAGCUGAAGAAAUACGCAGUCUUAAACUGGAGAACACUUCUCUGCAGGAGCAAGUUGCUGACCUGAAAAAAAUAUGUGAAGAUAAUCUACAGCUGCUCCAGGAAGCAGAUUACACUAAAAACAAGGCAAAAGAAGAAUGUGCAAGGAUGAUUUUAGAAGCCCAGACAAAGCUUGCUCUAAAAGAAGCAGAAGCAGAGAGAACAAAAGAGUCUUGCCUCAUACAAGUGACAAAACUACAGGAAAAACUGGAAGAGUUAACUGAAGAUCUGAAAAAAAAAUCUGAAGUGGAAAAAUCAAGGAAAACCAUACAUGAAGACAUGACCUCUAGCUUAAAAGAAGAGAUAAAGACCUGGCGUAAUCUAUAUGAAGAACUGCAUAACAAAACUAAGCCCUUUCAGCAACAACUAGAUGCAUUUGAAGCAGAGAAAAAUGCUCUUCUAAAUGAGCAAGGUGCAGCUCAAGAAGAACUGAAUAAACUAAGUGAAGCGUAUGCUAAACUACUUGGCCACCAAAACCAGAAACAAAAAAUCAAGCAUGUUAUGAAGUUGAAGGAAUAUAAUACCCACCUGCAGCAGGACAUCUCAAAACUGCGUGCGCUUCUUGCAAAAGAGAAACAAACAAACAGAGAUCUGCAGGAGCAGCUGUAUACAAUUCAGGGCGUUAGGCGUUUUGAUCCUUCUAAAGCUUUCCAGCAUGAUAGCAAGGAAAAUAUUCCUCCAAAAACUCCUUUUAAAGAAGGCAAUAGAAACAAAGUUUAGUCUCUUCUCAUUGUUGAGGAAACAAGUACUACAGAAGAUUUCAACAGACCGUUCAAGAUGAACUUGGCUGCCAUCUGUAAUAGGCAUUGCUAUGAAUACUUGGGAUGUGAUUAAAAAAAAAAAAAGCCAUUUUCAGAAAACAGCUUGGUCGUACUCUUACUUGAAGACAUAACUGGUAUGUUCCAGAUUCCUGGUACUGCCACUAUAACUGUCAUUGUUUGACUUGCUUUGUUUUCUGAAGGUACUCAGUUUUCAACAGGUCAGCUUGAGUUCAGAGAAGGUGAAUAAUCAUGAGGGAACAGGGAUGACAAACAAAACAUGCCUUUGUGAAUGUUAUUUUGUAACUAUUGAGUUUCUGCAGUUUGUUAAACUAAUUUUGCUGGUUAUGGUUGCUUUGAUGCCAAGGGCAGAAAUGAUUUCUAAAAACCCUUUUUCCUUUGUGGCUUAUGUAAUAUAGAACAAAUGUAAAAACUAUAUUGUGUAGUUGGCAUGGAUAUUUUUAAUGGGAUCCAUAUUUAAGGCGUUGUAACUUCAUUCCUGGGGCUGGAUAAUGCAACUCUUCUCAGAAAAAGAUUUCCAGGUAAAACUCAAAACAGCUGCUUUGUCCAUCUAAAUGUUUGUAUCAUGUGGCUCAGAUAAGUGUCUUAAGGGGAGUUUGUUUUACAGAUGCUGUACUCGCAAGACUUAAAUUGUCAUGGUCAUUUUAGUUGUCUAUCUUAGCUGAUCUUAUGUGAAAGAGAAUACUAACGGAACUUGGUUUGAGUGAGAGGAUGCCCACUACACACUGAUUGUGUAGAACUGUUUUUGGCAAGGUGGAAGUAAUCUGUUGAAAUGCAUCAAAAAUCAAGGAUAUUUUAGAAUAAAUAUUUCCAAUGA